UUGCUGUCCGCUGGGAUCUCCUCGGCACUCUGACAUAUUUAUCGUGCAGCAUGCGGAACUUGUCCGACGUCCUCUGAGGAAGACUUGGUACAUGCGUGGAGGUUUGGAUGCCAAUAAGGACUCUCUACCAACCGCUUCCGCUUCGUUCGCGUCCAAGACACCGACCACUGACCGUGCCAUCGGUGUUUUUCACCCCCGUGAACCUUUAUGAUGGAGAUAACAGACUGUGGCAUCCAUGCCUUCCAUGAAACUUUGGGAAUCGACGUGGACGAGAUUCGCAUCUACUGGACGCUCCACUCGGACCUCGAGCAUGCUUUACAGACGGCUUAUCGAGUCGUUAUCUCCCUGAGCGCCGAAGGGCUCCAAGAGAAGCGCUCUUCGGACAUCGUCUGGGACUCUGGCAAGAUCGAGAGCAAUGCCCAACGCAAUAUUCUCUGCAAGCCGGAUGGCGGCUUCAAGUCGGCGUCUUUCCAUUUCUGGAAAGUGUCUGUAUGGGACCAAGACGGACGCGUCACGUCCAGCAGCGUGAACGAGUUCUUCACGGCGUAUCCGAGGUCCAGCAGGCUGCUGCCGCCGUACAGCAUGAACCAGACUUACAUGCCUCACACGAGUCUGAUAUUUCGCACAUGGUUCGAAGACGAAGCAAACCGGUGGAAGGGCGUCUGGAUCGGCGACAGCAGCGACAAGCCGUUCUAUCUCCGCAAAUCGAUACAUCUCGACCGAAAGCCAACACGAGCCAUCGCCUUCGCCUCGGGCCUGGGACACUUCAACUUGUUCUGCAACGGGGACCCGGCAUCGAACCACGUCCUCGACCCGGGCUGGACCAACUAUCACCGCACGGUGCAGUUUGUCGCCUACGACCUGAGCGACGCGCUGCGCGUGGGCGAGAACGUCGUCGGGGCACACGUGGGCAACGGCUUCUACGCCGGCGACCAGGGCGACGACCGCUUCUUCUGGCCGAUGUACGAGGACAACACGUACGUCCGCUACGGAAACGAGCUCUGCUUCUUCGCCGAGCUGCACCUCUUCUACGAGGACGGCGGCCGCGAGACCGUCUUGACCGGGCCGGACUGGAAGACUAGCAAGAGCGCGACGACGCUGGCCAACAUUUACGCCUCGGAGAACAAGGACUUGCGGAGGUACCCUCGCGGAUGGGACGCGCCCGGGUUCGACGACUCGGCUUGGUCGGCGUCCACGCCCGUGACCGGUCCUCGAGGGAAGCUCCGAUACCAGAGUCAGCCGCCGGUCACACUCCACGAGACCUUCCAGCCAGUAUCGACGAAGACGCUCGAGCCGGGUGUUUUGGCGUUUGAUCUGGGCCAGAAUGCCUCUACCAUGAUCAGGGUCGAGCUCAGCGGGCCGGCCGGUGCCGAGGUCAUUAUCCGAUACUCCGAAAGCCUCGACGACAACGGCAGAGUCCUGAUGCCCGACCCGCUGUUCAAGGACUUCGAGACCAAGGUCUUCUCCAAGAUCACCCUGGCGGGCACGGGGGAUAUCGAGGCAUGGGCCCCCGACUUUAGUUUCACGAGCGCCAGAUACAUACAGAUCGAAGGCGCAUCGCUCGAUCCGGGCGGACAUCUUCCCGUCGUCCACUCCGUCGUCGGCCGCCACGUGUCAUCCGCCGCGCGACGCCUGGGGACGCUGAAGACGGACAAGGACGACGCGAACGCGCUCAUCAACAUGUGCUACUGGUCCUUCGUCAGCAACCUCUUCAGCUACCACACCGACUGUCCCCAGAUCGAGAAGUUCGGGUGGCUCGAGGUCACCCACCUCCUCGCGCCGGCGACGCAGUAUAUCCGCGACAUCGAGGCGCUGCACUCCAAGAUCCUGGACGACAUCGUCGAUGCCCAAGAGUCUGACGGGCUGGUGCCCACGAUGGCCCCCGAGAUCAGGUACAUGUGCGGCCCGCUCCACGACACCAUCACCUGGGGCGGCGCCAUCGCGUUGAUUCCCGAGAUAAUCAAGCGGUACUACGGCUCGACGCAUGUCUUUGGCAAGCUGUACCGGCCGUGUGUAUGGUACAUGGAGUAUCUUCGCACGAAAGAGCGCCAGGGAGGGUUGAUCGAACACGGGCUUGGUGACUGGGGCAGGGACAUCGCCUUCGGUAACCAUCAAGCCAACAUCGAGACGGCCAUCUACUACAAGUGUCUGCGCAACGUUGAGCUGAUGGCUCGCGAACUCGGAUACGCCGAAGACGAGAAGCGUUGGCGCGAGUGGGCAGAUCGGAUCUACGAGGCCUACAACCGCCACCUCCUUGUGGCCGACAAGACGGAGCGUCCGUACGCAUUCUACACAUCCUUGGACAACCCAGGCGUCCACGACAGGACCAUGAUCGCCCAGGCAAUGGCUCUGCAAUUCGACCUCGUCCCAGCAGAGCACAUUGCGGACGUACGGCAAGCCUUCCUGGAUGACGUCGCGGACUGCAAGAUCAGGGCCGGGGAGAUCGGCCUCAAAUGGCUGUGGAACACCUUCACCGACGUCGACAGGCCCGACAUCGUCAUGGCCAUGGCGCGGCAGGAGGAGCACCCGUCAUACAUGCGAUUCCUGAGACGCGGCGAGACGACCCUGAACGAGUUCUGGCAGGAUGCGUGCCGGAGCAAGUGCCACGACAUGCUCGGGACUAUCUACGAGUGGUUCUACGAAGCGGUCCUCGGCGUCAAGGUCGGGGAAGACGCUUACAGGACCUGGACUGUCAAGCCGCCGCUGAAGUCCGAGUUCAACCUUGUGGAGGGCACCUUUCAGUGUCCUUACGGGCUCAUCGAGGUCAUUUUCAAACGCGAGGGCGAGGACGUGCGGAUGAAGGUGACGGUACCAACAAGCACCACGGCGACGUUGUUGAUGCCAAGAGAAGAGAGCAAGGUUGAGGUCGUCCGAGCUGGUAGCGAUGGGUUUAGGGACGUGUCCGGGACAAAGGUUCAAUUGCUUUCGGGUCGUUACGAUUUGAUAUUACACCCGUAGGAGCGGAUCAACAAUGUUCUUCCCGCUGUUUAAGAAAAUAAUACAAAUCUUCCCAGGCCUAUC